AAGACUCCAGCAUGGGCCGGACGGGAACGGUGAACAGUGUGGGGAGCAACCAGUCCAUCCCCAGCAUGUCCAUUAGCGCCAGUAGCCAAAGCAGCAGCGUCAACAGUCUUCCAGACGCUUCCGACGACAAAAGCGAGCUGGAUAUCAUGGAAGGAGACCACACGGUGAUGUCCAACAGCUCCGUCAUCCAUCUGAAGCCGGAGGAAGAAAACUACAGGGAGGAUUCGGAUGCUCGUCUGAAAGGAUCGGAGCCCCAGUCUCCACCCCAAGGAACGCGCCACCGAUCCCACUACCGCAACCGAGAGCACUUUGCUACCAUACGCACAGCUUCACUGGUAACCAGGCAGAUGCAGGAACAUGAGCAGGACUCAGAGCUGCGGGAACAGAUGUCCGGCUACAAGCGCAUGAGGCGGCAGCACCAGAAGCAGCUGAUGGCCCUGGAGAACAAGCUGAAGACCGAGAUGGACGACCAUCGCCUGCGGCUGGACAAGGACCUGGAAACGCAGCGCAACAAUUUUGCGGCGGAGAUGGAGAAACUCGUCAAGAAGCACCAGGCAGCCAUGGAGAAAGAGGUGAGGGCAGGG